AUGCCCAACGGCGAGCCCGCCCCCGGCGAUGGCCAGACCGAGGCCGCCGUUACUGUCGAUUCCGUGAAGGAUUCGGCAAAUCCCGAAAGCGCGGAGGCGGACGUGGAGGUGGAGGAACAGGGGGAGGACGACGCCAUGGUGGAUGCCGACGCCGACGCCGACGCCGUUGGUUCUACCAAGAAUUCGGCGGUGCUUGAAGAAGAGGGUGCCGAGGAAGUGGGGGAGGAGCACAAGGGCGACGCCCUAGUGGAUGCGGCUGCCACCACCGUUGCGUCCCUUGACGAUUCGGGGAAGGUUGAAGCCCAAGGUGCGGAGGAAGAGGUAGAGGAGCGUUUAGGCGAUACCCUGGUGGAUGUUUCUGUGGCUCAUCAGGUCAAGACUGAGGCCCAGGGAAAUGAGGGGGCGGAGACGGAGGGUGAGGCCCAGGGAAAUGAGGUGGUGGAGACCAAGGUCGAGGCCCAGGGAGAGGAGGGGGCUGAGUUGAAGGAUGACACCCAGGGAAAUGAAGCUGCCGAGAUGGAUGUUGAUAAAGCAGGAAAUGGAGAUGAGCACACCGAGGCCAGGGUGGAUGGUGACAAGGGCAGCUUGCUGAAAGAGGAAAUCGACAAUGGUGGAGAUGAUAAGAAGGAUGCCAAUGGUGAGGAUGAGCUAGUGUCGUCACUAGCUGGGGAGGGUGAAAACCAAAACUUGUCUGACAAGGUCUCAAACAACUCCUUCAUGUUUGAUUACACCCGUGGAGGCGAUGACUCUGGGACGGAGGAGGAGCAGGCUGAGUUUAUCAAGGAGCUUGACCGGUUCUACACGAUGAAAUUAAUGGAAUUCAAGCCCCCAAAAUUUUAUGGUGAAGGAUUGAAUUGCCUCAAGUUGUGGAGACAAGUAACUGGAUUGGGUGGCUAUGAUCAGGUGACAUCAUGCAAACUAUGGCGUCAAGUGGGAGAAUCAUUCAAACCUCCGAAGACAUGCACAACUGUUUCAUGGACCUUCCGCAACUUCUAUGAGAAGGCACUCCUUGAAUACGAGAAACACAAGAUUGAAACUGGCGAGUUCCAUGUGGCUGCAUCUACUUUAACCGAGCGAAUUGCUUCUGAUAGUCAGGUGGGUGGAAGCCUUGCAUCAGGAUCUGGAAGAGCUAGAAGAGAAUCUGCAACUCGCGCCAUGCAAGGCUGGCAUUCGCAGCGCUUGCUUGGCAAUGGUGAAAUUGCUGAUCCAGUAAUUAAGGAUAAAGCAGCUAUGCCUGUCUUGAAGAAGGACAAAAAUCCAAAAAGCAGUGGUCUGGCCAAGAGGAAAAGGACACCAACCUUGGAAGAUGAAAAGGCAACACCAUACAAAUCUGAGAAGCUACAAAAUGACUCGACAGUUAUUGACAUGGGCCCUCCUGCUGAUUGGGUGAAGAUAAAUGUUCGGAGAACUAAAGAUUGCUAUGAAGUCUAUGCAUUGGUUCCUGGCCUUCUUCGUGAAGAGGUACAUGUUCAGUCAGAUCCUGCUGGCCGCUUGAUAGUUACGGGAGAGCCUGAGCAACUAGAUAAUCCUUGGGGUGUUACUCCAUUCAAGAAGUCAUUAGUUUGCCCUCCCGCAUCGAUCCUCACCAAACCUCAGCAGUUGUCACUCUCCAUGGGCAAUUAUUUGUUCGUGCACCGUUUGAGCAGUCAAAAUCAUGACACUCUACUUGACUAA